AUGCCCGAUGACUUUGAAGAUGUGACCGACGAUGAGGAGGAGACCCGUGAGGAAGAAGACAAAGAAGCUCCCGAUCCGGUGACCCAACGCCUGAACAAGAUGGAUGCACGCAUGACGAAGCACUAUUCCCGCCUGAUGAAGUUGAUGACCAGGUUCCCCGGGGCACCUACACCAGUGGAGACCGAGCCGACCGACGGGUAUGCAGCGUCGCCGUUCUGCGAAGCGAUCGCUAGAGUGACAGUUCCGCACACACUCCGGCUCCCAAUCUGGACCACCCUGUACGACGGGACAUCCGACCCCUAUAGGCACGUCAACUUCUACAAGCAGUGCAUGUGGCAGAUCGGGAUUCCGCACGACCUAGUGGAACCUGUUAUGUGCAAAUCUUUCGGCGGCACCCUUGAUGGAGCAGCUUUGGAAUGGCUCACGAACGUCCCCCCCAGAUCCAUCUCCUGUUUGUCCGAUCUCAUCAACGCCUUCUACCAACAAUUCGCCAGCAGUCGCCAGUUAGAAAAGCAAACCAGUGAUCUCUAUCGGACUGCUAUUGAGGCGUUGAAGAGAGGCCUCAUCCCCAAUUCGGAGCUAUACCGGGAAAUAACCAAAUACCCCUGUGCAACUUUCGAAGAGGUACAAAGUGUCAAUCAGUAUUAUGAUACUAACAAUGUUUACAGGAACGAGCGGGUCGAACACCCUAACAUCUCCGACUACGGCUUCAACGUCGACAUUGGAGGUGUGGUGAACGCCCUUCAAAAUGUAGGUGGAACAGUCAGAUGGCCCCGGAAGAACGACAGACCGGACUCCAUGAAGGACAUGAGCAAAUGGUGCGACUUCCACCGCGACAACGGACACACAACCGAGGAGUGCAUCUCCCUCAAAAAGGAAGUCGCAUACCUCCUGAAACGGGGGCAUCUAAAAGAACUGUUGAGCGACAAGGGAAAAGAAACAUUUUCCAAAGAGCAAACCACCCUGCCCGGCCCAACGACAAGCAGCGAGCGACCAGACCCACCACCAUUCAAUAAAGUGGUAAAUGUUAUUUCCGGUGGUUCAGAUAUUUGUGGACUAACCUCUUCUGCAGCUAAAAAAAUUAACAGGGGAGAAUCUGAGACCGUAGAAGAGGGACAAACCGAAGACGAGGUCGCACUACACAGGUCCCUGACCGCAAUGGCUAUCACUUUCGACGACUCAGAUUCUGUAGAUACACAGCGGGAGCACCACGACGGGUUGGUAAUAUCGCUCCCAAUAGGGAACGCAUUGAUCAAAAGGAUACUGGUCGACAACGGAAGCUCAGCCAACGUACUGUUCUUGGAAGCACUACAAGAAAUGGGAUUAGAAGAGAAAAACAUUGUAAGGAGAUCAACAGUUCUGGUAGGGUUCAGUGGAGAAGCACUACGGACGGUAGGAGAGAUAUCGCUGCCUACAUACGCAGAAGGCGUCAACAUGAUGACCAAGUUCAACGUCGUCGAUUGUCCAUCAGCAUACAACGUCAUCCUAGGACGACCAUGGAUCCACAAAAUGAAGGCAGUGCCAUCAACAUAUCACCAAUCAAUCAAGUUUCCAACCAAGUGGGGGGUCAUGGAAAUCAAAGGGCAGCAAAGAGAUGCGAAGAAAUGUUAUGAGACAGCACUGAAGCCAUCCAAGUCACCCAUCUAG